UGUCAGUUUGGUAUCUGUAGGAUUGCCCAAUUGUUAAAGGAUUAAAUAUGAUGAUGAGGAUGUUUUGUGAUGCACUGGGCCAGAGGGAACCUGUCUUUGAGCAAUGUAAUCCCUAGAAUCUGUUGUUCUGAGAGCUGAUUGGCUAAGAAGGUGGUCUGUCCCCACAUAUAAGGGAGGUAUCUGAGGAAGGUACAACAGAAAGCAUCACAGAACAAGGAUUCUCCCCUUAACAGCCUCCAGACCCAAACAAAGAUGAAUCCAAGCAUUUCCAUCAUCUUUCUCAUCUGCCUGGUUGCGUCUUCUACAGGUUUACCCAUCAAGGGGUGUAAAAGUCGGCCAACGUCGGGAGAAAAUGUUGGGAAAGCAGACAACACCGAAACAGAGGAACCUCUUGACGUCUUCUCCAAGAUUCUUCAAGUGAACACAGGACUGGACAAAAGCACACACCCAAUAGUCUAUGGUGAUGUAAUGAAAAGGAUGGGUCGUUAUGCCACAAACCGUGACCGUUUAUGGCCUAGAUCUGCAGAUGGAACUGUCCAAGUGCCAUAUACCUUAUCUCCAGGUUACCGUGUUGAAUUUCAGAAUCUGUUCAUGACCGCAAUGCAGGAAUUUGAAUCCUUGACCUGUGUGCGCUUUAUAAAGAGGACUGCAGAAGUAAAUUACCUUGACAUUAUCUCAUCUGAUGGUUGUUCAUCCUAUGUUGGACAAAACGGAGGAGCUCAACCUGUACGUUUAUUAGCCCCUGGUUGUAUGUCCAGAGGAAUAAUACAACAUGAGCUAAACCACGCCUUGGGAUUUCAACAUGAAAAUAGCCGGUCUGAUCGUGGCAGCUACAUCACCGUAAAUUACAGAAACGUCAAAAAAGGGAUGGAGAACAAUUUUGACAUACAGGACGGCACUACCUUAGGUCUCCCAUAUGAUUAUACCUCGGUGAUGCAUUAUGACAAGUUUGCUUUUGCUGUUGAUCCAGAUCUACCCACCAUCAGCACCAUUCCUAAUCCAAAUGUGCAGGUUGGUCAAAGAGAUGGCCUCAGUGUCCUGGACGUGGAAAAAAUUAACAAAUUCUAUAAUUGUGAUGUUUCCAGUAGGCUGUUCAAUACUCCAGGUGAAGGAUUCUCCUCUGCAAACUAUCCAAACAAUUAUCCAGACAAUAUGAACUUUGCAUUUUUGAUCAGAACCCCAAAUGGACAAGUUUCCUUGACAUUUGAUGUCUUCAAACUUGAGAGCUCUCCUGAUUGUUUGUCAGACUAUGUCAGGAUCUUUGAUGGACCUAGUAGAAGAUCUCCGCUCCUCCUGAACAACACUUGUGGCAGCUCGAAAAUACCCAAAAUAAUUGGUUCCACCAACCAGAUGCUGAUGGAAUUUGUUAGCGAUGGCGCAAAUUCAUCUAGUGGAUUCAGUGCUUCGUAUAAGACAGUGCCAUGUGGAGGAACUUUUUUUGCGGCAACAAAUAACAUCACAUCUCCAGGUUAUUCUUCAGGGUCCUACUUGCCCAACCUGAACUGUUAUUUUACUAUACAUGCACCUACCGGAUACAAGAUUUCCCUAAAUGGAACAUUUGAUAUAGAGUCAGCUAUAUAUUGCUAUGCCGAUAGACUGCUCAUCUAUGGCAAUGGGGAGGAGGGCAAGUCACCCACAAACACAUUUUGUGGCACAGGCUUAAUUUCGAUGACUUCAACUGGUAAUAAAAUUCUCCUUAAUUUCCAAACUGAUGGCGGCUAUCAGACAAAAGGAUUCCGGCUGACGUACACCAUCUUCAAGGAAACCUGA